UAUACAGAAGAUGUAGCACUUCAAAUUGAACAUAUUCAGAUAAACCUCAGCAAAAUCGUUCUGCUGGAUGAAACUGGGAAGGAGAAUCUUCUGAAUUUCAGCUCUUCAGGAAUAGAAGGGAUAGACUUUUCAGCAUAUUUGGCAGAGAUCAAUAAAAGUGUUACCAAAGUUGAUCUUCUCUCAUUUGCUAAUGACUUAGAAGCAAGAGCAGACCAGCUGCCAAAAGGAGCACUGGAAAAUGCCUUAAAAGGACACGCAAACAACAUUCGAAUGAUUCAUAACCAGCAAGUUGUUCCACUAGAGCAAGCUAUGAGCACUUUAAAUCAGAGCAUCAGGUUGCUGAAGAGGACAUCAUCUGAACUUAUGGUUAAGGUGAAAAAUGUCAUUGGUGCUGUUAAUGCUGCCCAGAUGCUCAUAAAUAACAAUGCUUCUCAAGUUGUUGUCCAGGAGACAAAAAAGUACAUGGAUACAAUUGUUGGCUACUUUGAACAAUACGUUGAGUGGGUCAAGGAGUCGAUUGCCAUGGAGGUAGCAGCAUGCAAGCCGAUUGCCAAUGUGAUAGACACAGCAGUAGAUAUUUUUUUAUGCAGCUAUAUAACUGAUUCUGUGAAUACCUUCUGGUUUGGUUUGGGAGGCUCUUCAAUAUUUUUAAUUCCUGCCAUAAUUUUUGCUGUGAAACUCUCUAAAUACUAUCGUAGAAUGGACACAGAGGAUGUAUAUGAUGAUAUGGAAAAUGGUAAUAAUGGUUAUCAUAAAGAGCAUUUAUAUGGUAUACACAAUCCUGUUUUUACAAGCUCUGUGGAACAGUGGUAACACAUACUGGAAACGUUAAGGGGCAAUAUAAAGGAGGCUCAAGAUUCUUCUAUGGGAGUAUAUCAUUAUUCUUCCAAGUGUAUUGGCAUUUCCAUUCCUCUACAAAUCCUGAGCCACUUGUUUUAUGUCAGCUGUACUGUAAAUCCCAAAUGUACUAUUGAAUGUUAUGCCAUAAACUACUGUACAGAAUAUUUUGUGAUCAGGGCACUGCCUCUCAAAUACCACUGUUCAAGGCUUGAAUUAAAAUUUUUUUUGUUUUUUACUUUUUUACACUGGGCUUUCUACCUUACAUCACAGUAUAUAAAUUAAUUAGAUUAACAGCCUUUGCCUAGCAAUUCUCUGACAACUGUUCAAGUUCUUAUCUUAAAUUGUUGAUUUGUGUUAAAUACAGUACAUACACGUUUACAUAAAAUACAUUUUGUAUACAGAGACUUUUGUAUAUACAUUUUUCUUAAAACUUCUAAGUGUUUAGUUAAGAUUUUAAUAUUGUAUAAUACUCUUCACAAAUGAAUUUACCAGCAUGAUCAGUGUUGCUAUUUGGUGCUCUUGAAUGACCACAUUGGACUAAAUCUGAAUUGUAAUGGGAUCCACAUUGUCUCUUUGUUUGUCUGAAAAGUUAAGUUGCAGUUUUGUUUUCUCCCUCUUUUUUUUUAAUUAUUUAAUAUUUAGUGGGUUUUGCAGCAUAGACCUAAAAGGGAUUUCUUGGAGAAGUUUGUUUUUAAACUUUGGGUGGGAGGGCUGGGAGUGUGUGUGAUGCAUAAUAUAGUGAAAAAGCUAAGCUUUCUAGAGUUCAGUAGUACUCAAAAAGAGCAUGAGGGACAUCCUAUGUUGACAAUUUUUAGAAUGAUUUACAUUCUCUGUCUUCCUUUUCCUCUUUCACACCCACUUCUGUAAGGUCCUUAAUAGUAUUGCUGUUACACUGUGCUUCUCCUGGGGGCAGUGAUGCUAUUUUUGCUAAAUAAUUUUAAACUAUGAUUUCCAAUAUUGAAAUUCAAAUAUGUUUAGCAAUUGGGGUUAACAUUUGUACUGAUAGAGUUAUUGCCUUGAAUUUAGGCACACAGUUGCAUUGCUGAAUUAGUGAACAGCAAAAUUCAUCAACAAGGCCAAAAGUAUCUAUGUGACCAGUGUAAAAUGUUUCAGCAGGUGAAGUAGUUGGAUAUAUUGAUCUAAAAUAGUAUCUCUUUAUAUAUCAGUAUUGUUCACUUUGUUUCCAACAAGGCUCAUUACCAUGAAGUAGGGAUAAUCCUGUUAAGUCAUUAAUAUCAUUUUAAGGAAAUGCUGAAAAGUGAUACCAGACUUUACUCCGGAAUAACCUUAAAUUUUUAAUUUUUACAUCAUAAGUGGAAACAUUUCUAAUUGACAGUAUGUAGCAUAUGUGUAUAUGUAAUGUUCAGAACUGCAGAUUUUUAAAAGUUUCUAUUUUUAAUUUGAGAAAUUGUUCCCAGUUCAUUUAAAUAAAAAAAAACUUGCUUAACUA